CAUGAUGCCUCCUGCAAGUCAACUCGUGUACUCUCGCUAACAGAGCUGAAAUAUUAUAGCUCUAUUGUAUUGGAAACCGGUGGCGUGACACACCGCCCGAACUCACUAAACGCACUUAUUUCUUUCUUUUCUAUUUCUCGGGCUGGAGAGGUCUGCCAACAACAACCAAGCUGGCCCGCCGAUCGGGAAUCACACUUUGUCUAUUUUCAAUAGACACAUUUUAGCGGGCGGUUUGUUUUCCCCUGGUCCUGGACAGCCUUAUCCGGAGGCGGGAGUCGCAGGUCGCUAUCUCCGCCGGCCAAGCCUUGCGCUUAGAACAGCAUGGUCAUGGCUGACACGGCGCUCCCAAAGCCGAUUCUCCGGGGUCCUGUGCGAGUUGGCUUCUACGACAUUGAGCGCACGUUGGGCAAGGGGAAUUUCGCCGUGGUGAAGCUGGCCAGACAUCGCAUUACCAAGACCGAGGUGGCCAUUAAGAUCAUAGAUAAGACCCAGCUUGAUGCCACCAACCUGGAGAAGAUCUACAGAGAGGUGCAGAUCAUGAAGAUGCUAGACCAUCCGCACAUCAUCAAACUCUACCAGGUGAUGGAGACCAAGAACAUGCUCUACCUGGUGACGGAGUACGCCAAAAACGGGGAAAUAUUUGACUACCUGGCCAAUCAGGGGCGUCUGAGCGAGACGGAGGCGCGGCGGAAGUUCUGGCAGAUCCUGACGGCAGUGGAGUACUGCCACAAGAGGCACAUCGUCCACCGAGACCUCAAGGCAGAGAACCUACUGCUGGACUCACACAUGAACAUCAAGAUCGCAGAUUUUGGUUUUGGCAACUUCUUCAGGCCAGGUGAGCCCCUGGCGACGUGGUGUGGCAGCCCCCCCUACGCGGCCCCCGAGGUCUUCGAGGGACAGCAGUACGAGGGGCCCCAGCUGGACAUAUGGAGCAUGGGGGUGGUGCUGUACGUGCUGGUGUGUGGAGCGCUGCCCUUCGACGGCCCCUCGCUGCCCGUGCUGAGGCAACGCGUGCUGGAGGGACGAUUCAGGAUCCCCUACUUCAUGACCGAGGACUGUGAGCAUCUGAUCCGGCGCAUGCUGGUCCUGGACCCGUCCAAGCGUCUGACGGUGGCCCAGAUCAAGGAGCACCGCUGGAUGGCGCUGGACGUGCCGGUGCAGCGGCCCAUGCUCUACCAGCAGGGGGUGCUGGAGAGGGGCGUGGAGGGCGUGGACGGGGGCCUGGCCGAGUACAGCGAGCAGGUGCUGAGGCUCAUGCACAGCCUGGGCAUCGACCAGCACAAGACCCUGGAGUCUCUUCAGAAUAAGAGUUAUAAUCACUUUGCUGCUAUCUACUUCCUGCUUGUGGAGCGGCUGAAGGCCCACCGCUGCAGCUUCCCCGUGGAGCAGCGGCUGGACGCGCGCCAGAGGCGGCCCAGCACCAUCGCAGAGCAGACCGUGGCUAAGGCGAGUAGUGCCACCUCCUCCAUGGGCAUGCGUCUCCUGCGCUCCCCGGCGCUGCCCCAGUCCUCCACCGACUCCUUCUCUAUCCCACAAUCCCCCAUGGGCGCCGCGGAGCAGGGCCUCAUGGAGGAGGAAGUGGGGACGCCCAAGGUUAACGGCUGCCUGCUCGACCCGCUACCUCCCGCCGUCCUGCGCAAGUCCAGCACCUCCUCGUCUCCUAGCAACAUGAUGGAGAUGUCCAUCGACGAGGGCAUCGAGACAGAGGAGCCGGACGCGGAGGACGACCCCGCCCACCUCUUCAGCUCGGCCUAUCAGACGGCCCGGUUUGGCCAGCGCAGACACACCCUCUCCGAGGUCACCAACCCGCCGGGAACACUCAUGACUAGUGGAGGUAAGCUGUUCAGCAUGGGCCACAACCCUUCUCUGGGCAGCGUGGACUCGGAGUACGACAUGGGCUCAGUGCAGAGUGACCUAGGCCUGCUGGAGGACUCCUCAGCCAAUCUGGGAGGAGCAGGAGGGGAGGGGGCGGGGCUAGGCAACACGUCAAUCACACACAUGGCCCCGCCCUCCUCGUUCCUAGCCGGUCGGCCGGGCAACCCCGCCAUGCAGGCGCUGAGCUCGCAGAGGAGGGAGACGCACAACCGCUCGCCCAUCAGCUUCCGGGAGGGACGCCGCGCCUCCGACACUUCACUUACGCAAGGUCUGGUGGCGUUCCGGCAGCACCUGCAGCACCUGGCGCGCGCCAAGGGCUUCCUGGAACUGAAUAAGGUGUAUGAGCACAUGGCACCCGGAGACGAGGACGCAGAGCUCAUGGGCACACACACACUCUACACCCCCGAGAUGCUGCAACACACACUACAGGGUGAGUCACCACACCCAGCUGACAGCAUGGGUAUGUUCUCUCGCCAUCCUCCUCUGUUGUCACGGCGACAGAGCCUGGAGACACAGUACCUCACACACAGGAUGCAGGUACCUCAGGCCAAUCUGCUAGUUAACAGUCCCAGCUGUCAAAUGUUUUGCAAGGAGACACCACGCAGUCUGGAACAACAGCUACAGGAACACAGGCUGCAUCAGAAGCGUCUCUACCUGCACAAACAGUCCCAGCUGCAGGCCUACUUCAACCAGAUGCACAUCGUGGAGGGGGGCGCUGCCUCCUCCCCUUACCCCCACCAGCCCGGAGGACCCCCCCUGGGCCCCCCAGACUCGCCCCAGACAGUCCCCAAUCCGGUCCAGUGUCCCCCUGGCUCCCUCACGCCUCCCUCUGGCCACCACCAGCCACAACAACAACAACAACAACAACAACAACUCCCAACACAACCCCAGCCCUCACCUCCCUUCAGCCACCCGCAACAGACUCUCUCCCCCCUCAUGGGCGCCGGGCUGGAGUCCUUAACCUUUGACCCCUAUCUUGGACACUAUCCGCACCUCCAGCAACACAGCAUGACCCCACAACACCCACAGCUCCAACACCCCCACCAACAGCCAGGCCACCCCCACCAUCACCACCACCACCACCCCCACCAACAUCCCCACCAGCUGCCCCACCACCCCGACGCCCUAGCCGCGUACGCCGCUGCCGCCGCCGCCUACGACCCCAGCCUGGGUCUGCCGGAGCACCUCUACGCAGAGCAGGCAUACCAGUACCCGCUGGAGCCGGGACAACCACCUCCACCGGGGCCCCCAGGCCCAGGCCAGACACCCGGGCCUGGAGUAGGAGGACCAGGGGCUGGGCCACCGGGAGGAGCAGUGGCUGGAGCACCGGGGCAGGAGGGGCAGUACGAGGGCGAUGGUAGCGCCGCCCUACUGGACAGUGAGAUGAUGGAAACCGUGGACUCGCAGCACGGAUUUGUGCUGGUCACCUGAGCCCACACAACCGGCCCCGCCACCUGCCCCACCACCUAUACACUGUAAAAUAUUGCAGCCAGGUACAGUAAAUGUAAAAAAAAAAAACAAUUUUCCUCCUGCCUUAAGUUUGUAAGUUGACUUAACAUAAGACUUACCUCAACUUGAGGCUUUUCUCAAGUGGAGUUAGCUCACAAAAUUUCAGGCAGUGGGGCGACUUAAUGGUUUUUUUUUUUACAUGAAUCUGUCUGCAAUGAUUUACAGUGCACCACCCGCUCACAACGUAAACAAACAGUGUUAUCGUGACGAUGGAGGUCUCGAACCAACAUAGCGAGACACAGGACUGAGAAUGACUUUUUUUAAAAGCGGGGGGUGGCAGUUGUUGUUGAUUUUGUUUUGUUUUUUAAAUUUCCUAAUUCUUUCACUGAUCUGGAGUCAGAGACAGACGGUAACACUACUAAGACACACUGAUGAGGGGAGUUUUCAGUGAAGGACUUUAAAAAGCCACCUGCUGUUGCUCCCCCCCCCCCCACACACACACACCACACACAACAACCAACCAACCAUCCCGCCCCCCGAACCUACCUCCCUCUGUGCUCCCUCAGUCUGCUAUACACACACGUAGGAGUGUGUGUGUGUGUGUGUGUGUGUGUGUGUGUGUGUGUGUGUGUGUGUGUGUGUGUGUGUGGAUCACACAGUGUACGAAUACCCUCACUCACACACACACGCACACACAUACAGACACACACACACACACACACACACACACACAUUGUGUAUUUUGAGCUGUGUGUACCGUACAGUAAAGUGCAUUUGCUGUUCAGCUGUGUACAGAAUAGUCCAGAGUCUCCGUCUGGAAAGAGGAAGCAACAGCACAAAGUCUAUUAGUCAAGUAGGAACACUAAACCUCAUCCUCACACACACACACAGACACACACACACACACACACACACACACACACACACACACACACACACACACACACACACUCACACUCACACUCACACACACACACACACUGACUGCCCUUCUGUGCACAGAGCAUAGGACCAGACCACAAAGCUACCCCUAAUAACCCCACCUUGCACAAGGCACAGGGGGGAUGUAUUACUCUCGUUUUCCGUGUGUGUGUGCGUGCGUGCGUGCGGGCGUGCGUGUGUGUGUGUGUGUGUGUUGGGGCACUAUUGAAGCAAUAUAUCCAUCAAGAGACUGUGAGAAGCCAUAACCCGUGUGUUCCAGAGUUGGAGCACUGUAGUCCAGGGUUGCCAGAUAAGACUGAGGAUUUCCAGCCCAAAUUGUACUGAAAAACCACCUGGAAGCACUAAAUCCCACCCAAUUUGAGCUAAAUUCUAUUGAUUUCUAUGGCCAAAAAUGUGCAGAAAAAAACAGCCCAAAUGCCCUUUUUGCCCAUUUUAACCCGCAGAUGUUCUUCCUAGACAGUCAAAAUGGGCGGGAAACUGCCCAAUCUUGCAACACUGUAGUCUGAUGGGAUCGUCUUUCUAGUGUGUGACAUCACCAGUGAACGAUGUUUUGUGACAUCACUGGUAUGUGUGACAUCGCUAGUAGUCACGUGGAUGUUCCCUGCAACCUCCAUCACGCCACAAAAAAUAACUAAAGCUGUGAAAAUCACUGAAGACACUCAAAAAGUAUCAAAAUAGUUUUCUUUCCACCUAAAGCUCAUGGUAAAAUAUCCAUACAGUCGAUCCAUACAUUUUUGAAAAUCAAGUUAGGUUUUAGUCUUGUCUCAAACUUUUUUGAACAAAUGCCUCCUUGACCUCAUCAUAAGCUAUACACACACACACACACACACACACACACACACACACACACACACACCUUAGUAUUAGAAAAAUGGAAUAAAAAAUGUCCAAGGGUGAUAAAUAAAAACAACUAGCGGAUAGAUGUCGGGAUGGAGAGCUGUCCGCCCCGAGGAACAAAGUAUUUGCCCAUAUUCCCAUAUUUUCUACCAUAGCAACAGGCUUCGCAAACAUUUCAGACCAUUCCACAGUAGUGUAAGACGUGUUAUUCUGAGUGUCACACAAACUUCCACUUCUGGUGCUAACACCCGUAGAAAAGGAUCAUCUUCCCGUGAUUUUACAGCUUCAGUCAUUUUUUGGAGUGCACAUGGACUUUAUUAACAGGGCUGAGUAGCUGAAGAAUUCAGUGGGCGUUCCUGUCGACUCUGUGGGCUGACUCUGACUCCAGGGUUGCCAGAGACCGAUGAUUUCCAGCCCAAAAAUGCUCAAAACCCACCUGGAAGCACUAAAUCCCGCCCAAUUUGAACUAUAUUUUAUUGAUUUCUGUGGCCAUAAAUUUGCAGGAAAAACCCACCCAAAUGCCCUUUAUUUACCCGCAGAUGGCUAUCCUAAGCAGCCCAACUGGAUGGGAAACCACCCAAUCUGGCAACACUGUCUGACUCAUACGCUAUAUAAUAUGGACUGACACUACAGUCUGCUUGAGUGUGGACGAUCUCUCCAGUCUCAUGACCCCUCACCUUGUGGUGUCCUGACCCGUGACCUUUGACCCUUGACCCUUGUGGUGUCCUGAAGGAUCCCUGGUGCUGUGCUGACGUCACGUCACGAUGAGCCCAACACCUCAACACCAACCCCCAUUCCACCUUCAAUAUUACACUGGAACCCCCGCCCUCCUCUCUCUUUUCCUCCCUCCCUCCCUCCACCCCACUCCACUCCCUCUCUCUCAGCCCCAGACCUCCUCAAACCCCAACAUCUCCUCCCCCAGAUGGCAUGACAUCACCAGCAGGUCUCCUCACCUCUUAAAGCUGUUGUGGACGCCAAGAGAUGAUGUCAGCUUUUGUCAACCCUUAAGACACACGACACGUUCCCCACACUUCCCCCCCCACCUUCCACAAUGGAAACAGGGUGUGCAUCCCCCCCCUCUUUACCCAGCCUGUGCAGGCUCUUCUAGGGCAGCCCUUCCGUACACCCGCCCCCUUCCCCCUACUUGAAAAUUGCACGCCAUUGGAGACCACGCUACAAUAAUGACAAACUGGAGCCAAGGAGCUCGCAGCAGAGGCUACACUGUAGAAUCUGCAUGUGUAUGUAUGUGUGUGUAGGUGUGUGUGUGUGAGAGAGAGUGAAAGAAUGUGUGUGUACAGCAUGUAUGUGUGUGAGCGAGCAUGUGAUUGUGCGUAUUUCUUAGUAACAGAAUUUUACUGGAGCACUUUUAUUCCAAGGAAGUGAAAAGGAAGAGUGUUGUUUUUGGGGUGAAUGUAAACGGAGGAGAGAGGAGGAGAGGAGCGGAGAGGAGAGCUGUAUCUUUGCUGCUGGCCCCAGAGGGAUGUCCAGGGCCUGCUCCAGAUUGGACUGUCCGGUUCUGUCUCCACAGUGGACUCAUGACUCGGUCCUGCCUCAGCAGUCAGUCCGAACUUCGACCUCUUGGUCUGAACAUUGGAUCUCAUUGGGUCUGAACUCGGGUCUGGCUCAGAUCUGAACUUGGAAAUGAUGAUCAGAACAUGAAUCUGAAGGUCCAACAACUGUUGAUCUUGAGGUUCAAAACUUGGAUCUGAAGGUCUACUACGACUCAGAUCUGUUGAUCUGAACAUUGAUCUGAAGGUCCAAAACUUGGACAUCAAAAAUCUGGAGGUCCAGAAUUCGGAUUGUGGAGGUUCACUGGGCCCUGACGAUUCCUUUGUGUGGUUGUUUAGCUUGUGUGCUUUAUUUUUGAGAAAAAAAACAACAGUCGAAUGAAAUUAGGACUUGCGUAGAGAGGGUUUUUGAACUGUGAGUUCAAGAUCCAACCAAUAUUAUUAUUGUAUUAAAUGUGAUAGUGUUUCGUCGUGCCUUUGCUUUUCGGUCUCUCUCUCUCUCUCUCUCUCUCUCUCUCUCUCUCUCUCUCUCUCUCUCUCUCUCUCUCUCUCUCUCUCUCUCUCUCUCUCUCUCUCUCUCAGCUCUCUCUACCUACCUACCAACCUACCUACCUAUUUUCCUCUUCCUGUCUGUUUUAAAUUAAGAAUUUGAAGAAGAAGAAGAAUUAUAUUUUUCAGUUCCUAUUUCAUUUAUAUUUGAUGUUUGGACUUCCUUAGCGAAGCAACGUUAAAUUAAGCGAGUCGACCCAGGUACAGAACCAAAGUCCCCUCUAAACUGAACUCUGCCAGGACAGCGUUCGCCAUGUGGGUGUUCGCGAAACCUCCUCUUGAAGCUUUUCCACAGUGUACUUUCUUGUUUUUGUUUUUGUUUUUGUUUUUUUGUCAAUCAGUAAAUGCCGUUGGAAAGUAUUAUAGCAAUAUUUCUUGAAUAAUAACUAGUUUUAAUGAAUUUAUGAGAGUAGCUGAUGUGUGUGACAGAAUUUAGUAAAGCGUCAUCACCACCCUCUUUGCUGGCACACCACCACCCUUCAUUCAGUUUCACUCUACAUCGGACUUUCCAUUUUAGCUUCCUCCAUGCUGACCACACAUAAGCUAACUUGCUGUAGAGAUUAAAAACCGAAAAGAUUUAU